AUGCGCUAUCCAUUGCGCCACGGAGCCACCUGUUGGAGGUUCCGCGCAUCUGCCGUCACCUCCAACGGUAACGGCGAGGCCGGCGAGCGCCCAGCCGCCCGGGAACCGCCGCUGCUCAGCUCAAGGGCCGCGGCUGCGGGCCGUGGGUCGGGAAAGCGCAGCGGGAGCCAGUCGUCCGUGGCCGACUCCGCCUGUCCCUCCCCGGCUCCCCGCCUGCCCCGCAACCCCGCCUACCGGUGUCCGGAGGCCGCUCCCCUCCGGCCCGGGCCGCCGAGGCUGCAGGCCCAGACCGGCCGUUGCGCCGUCGCGCCGGGCACUUCUGUCGCCACCUGCGAGAGGCGAGGGCGAGCGGCCGCGCCCGGGGCUACGAGGCGAAGGCGGCGACCCAUCGCGGGGCCCCCGGGCUCUUCCCUGACGCCUGGACCUGCGGCUGCGAGUGCGGGCCGAGGCGACGUCUGUGUGCGUGCUUGUGCGUGUUUAUCUGCGCGGGGCUUCGGGGAAACGGGGUUUGGGUUGCAUUUCGCUCCCCACAGACCCAGAGCCGAAUUUCUGAGGUAUCCGGGCUCUGGUGGCCUGAGGGGGGCGACGCGCCCCGCACCGAGGCAUCCUCCCGGGAGCUUUAUCCACUAUGCCGCCGCCGCCGAGGAGCGGCCGAGCCGCGCAGCCGCCGAUGCCCGCGCGCGCCCCACGCGCGUCCGAGUGGGCGGCCUCUGGAGGCGGACGGCGCGGGUGGGGAUCGCGCGGGUGCGAGCGCCUCGGCUGCAGGGCGCGCGGCCGAGCGUGAUGGCGGGGUCCCCACAUCCCCCACCCGCCCGGUGCCAGCGCUGGACCCCGCAUUUCUUUGCUCAGAAGGGCGGGGUCGCCGCGAAUCUGAGCGGCGGCGUGGGAGGGAGUGGGUCUUCGGUUCCCUAAUCCCCUCCCCAUCUCCAUCAGGGCGACCCCGAAGCCCGAGGGAAGAGAACUAGCUAAAUAAUAAAAGCCCAGUUGCUAGGCAACGGCCGCUGCCAGACAAAAGCCCAGGCUCCGGCUCCAAUCAGCGUGCGGCUCUCUCGACCCCGCCUUCUUAGGACUCGCGUGGUGCGACCUGACGCUGACACCUCUGCACCAAACCAGCUUCCGUCUGUGCCCACCGGGUGGUCUCUGCCAGGCAGAAUUGGCCAUCAAAGGAUAGGGUCUUUGCCUCGCACGGUUCGCUAAAGGGGGAGAGGAAAUUCUCAGUGGGGAAGGGCAUUUUUAUAUUAAGGGGGAAAGAGACACUCAAUGCUCGCUGUGAAAACAAUACAAAGAAAUUUUACCUGGAAGCGUUGGUGCAAAAUCUCCAAUUCUGCGGCGUCGUGGACGUGCUUAGCGAUUGUGACUCAUACUCCAAGUUCUAAGGAAGGAACAAUAAAGCAUAUGCUAAGGAGAGAUGUGCAGAUCAAAGCUUCUUGGAACCAGGUCUGCUCAGCUCUGAUGGCAAAGGACGGAGCCGAAGCACAGUCAGGACUUUUCGUGAGAGGACUAUGCAGGGCUCACACACCGCUGCUGUGUGCGUUCUUGCCCCUGUUUCCCAGACACCGAUCCCAUCAGGGUGAAGGGAAAGGAAGUGUCCACCCAGAACUCCUCCUAACUUUACUCCUUUUGGCAGCUUCUCUUGUUUUAUCUUCUCUCUGUGGAAUAACCUUUAGAACAGGCUAACGUCAAUCCCGGAACUCCCUGCCUAAAAGGAGUUUGGAUAAGUCAGUUGAAAUGCAUUUGAGUCUCAAGAAACAGAAGGCUCAGACAGUUGCCACCACUGUGAAGACUUGCCAUCUCACAUGAAAAGUAACUUGGGACAAUGACCCGCAGGAGGCGAUGGGACAGAAACCUCACCUUGUAAUAGACAUCAAACAUCAGGUCGCUGCCUGCAGCAAGAGCUUUGUCAGCUACACACAACUGUGAGCUCCAACCACCACACGGCACGGACCUGAGCCCUCUGUUCUCUGAAGCUCUGAGUCUUUGACCAUUGAUGUCUUAUUGCCCCAGACGGCUUCAUCUGCUCUCACUGUUUCAAGCCCUUCCCACACAGUCUGUGGCUGCCUCCUGUGUGCACAGGAGGUUAGACACACAGCCAGACAUGCACCCCAUGGGGGAAACUCCAGCUCUGAUGCUCUGAGCUAGGUGAUCUCAGGCCAAAAUUUUAAAUUCUAUCAGCAAAGCAAUUGAUUCUUCUGUAAAAGAGUAAACGCAAGUUUAUUAAUGAUAA